AAUACUUGACCACUCCAUCGCGAUAAAAGAAAUUGAGGGCGGGACAUGAGCGAAUAAGCUCUCAUGGUUUAGUAAUAAGGGCAUCCGGUACAUUAUAUAUGAGAUAUGCUGCAGCCCCAGGUCGAGAUUCAUUCUUAUAUGUAGCUAUCGUGCUGGUUAUCUGCUUCUACUACAAAGCACUCGAUACUGCUAGCUGACCUCGAUCAACGAUGAUUCUCAAGUCAUUUCUCUACGCCGUGACCCUCCUGUGGGUGGGAGCUGUCAACGCAGCGCAGUAUUGUGAUCCUGUAACGAGUGUUUGCUACUCGGAGACCAAGGCUGGCGACCUCUACGUACGAGUAGCGAUUCCUAUGGCCGACAAUGGUCCAUUUGACAUACUGCUGCAGCUAGUGGCACCGAAACAAACUGCAGGAUGGGCUGCGAUCGCUUGGGGUGGUAAGAUGACCAAGAACCCGAUUACGGUAGCAUGGGCGAACGGCAAUAAGACAGUCGUCUCUUCUAGAUGGGCUAAUACUCGGACGCCGCCAGUAGCCUAUCCGACCGCAACAUACACCGUACUAAGAGGCUCUACGAGCAAUGCCACUCACUGGACCUUGACGGCGCUAUGUAGCCAAUGUGCAACCUGGACGGCUGAUAAUGUGAAGUCGGCACUGAACCCAAAUGACAAGGCGGCUAAAUUUGCAUACGCAUUGUCUCCUACCCCGCCCUCACAACCCGCCAAUAACGCCAGUUCCAUUACGAAACAUACUAUACAUGCUACUUUCACUGUGGAUUUGGCUGCUGCAAAGUCAGAUAAGUUUCAGGAGUAUAUCACGUCUUUGGCAUAAGUCUAUAGGGAAACCGAAGAAGAAAAGGGGGAGGGGGAGGAUGGGUAGUCCGCUACCGAGUCUAGGGAAGCAGGUAAACCUAAGUGAGAAGAGCGGAGUUCAAAAACGCUUGUAUUUCAUUUAACUUAGUAUUCAUCUUAUUCACUUUCCUGAAAAUAAUUCUCUAAUUACCACAUCACGUGCAGAGUUGCGGAGUCAUUGUAUCGGGAACAGAAGAGCUCUAGUUUGACUUUAUCAUUGUUUAGAGCAUGCUGCGACAACUCCUACUAUCAGAUCCAUUCAACUCCAGCUUCGCCUAAUGUUUUG